CAGGAAUCAGAAUUACUUGAGCAUCUCUCUUGUCAGUUCUAAAUUAGGAGCACAGGACACAUCUACAUUUUCUAGUUAUGUAGAAGGCUUUUAUCCACAAGAACCAAGAUCUUCCUUCUUGAUCAGGGGAGGUAAGCUAUGAAACAGGGGAAUUUUUCUGUAUUUUACUUGUCCAAUCAAAAUACUUCCUCUCUUAUAAAGAAAACGGAAAAAAAAAUGUUCCAUUUUACUUCAUUCAAGAAUCCUGUGUGAGAGGAGUUUGGACUGCCUGAAGUAGACAUACAAUUAUCAUCAUAAAAUGGGACUGAUUCGUGAUCGGAGGUGUCAUCACAGCUUGGAGAUGACUGAAUGCCACAAUUAUAACUUUGGACUGGCAAAGCGUCACACUUCUAAAAGAUGUCAAAAGCAAAGAUCUACUCUAAUAACAGGCAAAUGUAGACAAAAAUUAUCUCCAUUUUUUCUUGGUCGUUUCAUCGCCAUUUCGAUGGCGAUACGUUUCAUUGUUAUGAUGGCGAUAUGGACUGUCAUAUUCGUAAACUCAUUUCACAACCAAGAAGUUUCAAUUCCUUCAAAUGAAGGAUACUGUGGCCCAUGCCCUAAAAAUUGGUUAUGUUAUAGAAACCACUGCUACCAAUUUUUUAAUGAGAGCAAAACUUGGUACCAGAGCCAAGCUUCUUGUAUGUCUCAAAAUUCCAGCCUCCUGAAGAUAUACAGUAGAGUGGAACAGGAUUUCUUCAAAUUGGUGAAGUCAUAUCACUGGAUAGGACUCAUACAAAUUCCCACAAAUGGAUCCUGGCAGUGGGAAGAUGGCUCCAUUCUCUUGCCCAACCAACUAACACUGGUGGAAAUGCAGAAUGGAACCUGCAUUGUAUAUGGCUCAAGCUUUAAAGGCUACACAGAAAACUGUUCAGCCCUGAACACAUACAUCUGCAUGCAAAGGAUUGGGUAGACUCAAUAAACCAUCCCAACACAAAACAGGAACAGAGAAGGGAUUGCACCGGCAGGAACAAUGCUAUGUGGCUGAAGGAAACAAACAAUGGGACAAACACAGGAAGAACAUACACCUCCUGGGCUCUCCAGAAUAGGACCACAGAACUAUUCUGCAUCUAGUAUUCUGUAAGACAAAGGAAGGCAAUUCAGAAAUCAUCAAGUCCUCCUCUACCAUGGCCCAGACUGCACAGGAUGGAGUUGGGUUCAGCCUCGAUUAAAAAGAAUGGAACCAAUCCAGGAAAGUGGUGAGGAAAAAGUAGCCCUAUAAAUCACUGGUGGUACAUCUAGCAGAGAAAACUGCUCCAUGGGUGGGCAGUGCUGUGCCCAGCUAUGGGGGUAAUGUUGCCAUCCAAAUCAGUUAAGAAGGCAGGACUGCUGCCCCAGUGGGCCUGGAGGCAGAGCAGAAAGCCAGAGAGGUUUAUUCUUGGAACUUAAGAUCUCGUGGAGUUUGCCUACCUAGGUUUUGGACUUGCUUGGAGCCCAUCAUCCUUUCUUUUUCUUCGACAUUUCCUCCUUUUGGGGUGGCAGCUUAUCCAGUGCCAAUCCCAACCUUGCACUUUGAAAGCACAUAAUUUAUUGUAUUUCAUGAGUUCACAGCUGGGGAAGAAUGUUGCCUGUCCCACCCAACAAUAUUUUGGGUGGGACAGGCAACAUUUGGAUAAAUAUUAACUAUUUAGGUAAUACUUAGAUGAGACUUCAGGCUUUAGAUUUUAGAGUUGGUGCUAGAAGGAGUAAAGCCUUUUGGGGUUGUUGGGAUGGAAUGAGUGUAUUCUGCAUGUGAGGACAUAAACCUUUCAGAGGCCAGGGGUAGACUAAAUGUUUGUGUACCUCCAAACUUCAUAUUUGAAACUAUAACGCCCUCCAAAUUAUAAUAGAAGGCAGGCCUUUGGAAGGAAAUUUGGGUCAUAAGUGUUAAGCCCUGGUGAGUAGGAUUAAUGCUUUUAAUAAAAGACCCCAGAAACCUCUCUAAUCUUUCUUAUCACAAGGGGAUACAAGGAGAAUUUGAGUCUACACCUGCAGGAGGAUCUUCAGCAGAGCCCAACCAUGACGGCAUAAACUUUGUUUAUAACUCACCUAGUCGAUAAAACUAAGAACAGAGGGGAAGAUAGCUGGGCAUUCGUUAUCACUGAAAAUAACAGAAAAUGAUUCAUAAUGUUGUUGCAUAAUAUAUUGUUACUUGGGGAAAGUAUUACUAAACCAGCAGACAGGUAAAAUGUAUUAAAUAUCAGAACUAAAUAAAAAUGGAAAUCACAACCGAAAAGCAACCACAGAAACUGGCUUUUAUUCUGAGAGCUUAUAAUAAACUUUGGGACUGUUAGUUUCUGUUUUGAUGGUUGUCAUGGAGCUUGGAAAUACAAGACAAAGUUUAGUGGUCAUUUAACCUGAGUGUGAAAUGCAAGUUCUCUUUCUAAAACUGAGAUCCCCCAAAUGUUUCAAACUCCUACAAGAAAUAAGAAAUAAAACCUAUACUUCAGAAAAUAGAAAGAGAGAUUCUUGCUAGUCUUGACCUUUGAAAAGAUGGUGGAGAAAAAUGAAAACCUCCCAUGAAACAUUUAUUCCCACAGAUAAGCCCUCAUUUACAUUUACAGCCCAAGUCUGGCUAACAGUGAAGUCAAAUAAUAAAAGUAUGGCAGUCAAAUAAUUUAUUUGAAGUAGUUCAAGGUUAUUAAUUGCAUUACUACUAACAAUGUCAAUAUUGUCUGAAGGGAAAUAACCUCAACCAGUUCUCAAGAACUUUGGUAAUCUUCCAAAUUUCUCAGACACAAAGAUAAAAUUACAAAAGGUAGAAACUAAAGGAUGGGAGGGUGGAAAGGGGAGUAAUCUUGGUGAAGGGUCUUGAAAAUCUGAAAUCAUGUCAAAAUAAAGAGCUAAAAUAACCAAACAAAUUGAAGUCAUCUUUGAAACCUGUCUUUCUCUUACACAAUACACCAAUAUGUCAGCAAAUCCAAGUCUCUCUUUCUCUUUCUCUCUCUCUCUGUCUCUGUCACACACAUACACACACACACAUUUACAUAUGCACACAACUACAUAUUCAUAUGUGCACAUAGUAUAGCAAUAUAUGUUGGCCAAUCACUUCCCAGUACUUCCCCUGACAAUUGUUAUUUUCAAAGAGAAAUACUAUUGAAUUCUGACUUCUAGUGUUUGUACUGAGGAGUUAUCUUCUUAGUCUAUUAUUGUUUGUCUCUUCAUAUGGCUACUGUUAAGAUUAUCUCUUCAUCUUUGCUUUCAGUGUUUUGGCUGUUACAGCUUGGUAGGGUUUUGUUUCUGUUUAUUCUGGUCCAAGUUUAUGUAUUUGUUUUUCUGUCCCAUUCUGUAUCUAUGCUCACCCUAAAACUUCAAUUCCACAUACAUUUUCCUAUUGAGUAUCACAUUUCAUUUAUCCAUUUACCUAUUUGCAUUUUUCCAUUUUGUCUAUUUCAGUUCAUAUAUUUUUAUGCUGAUUUUUCUUUGAGCUCACCAGUAUUAUUUUUGCUUUCAAUCUUCUAUUUCAUUUUCAUUGAAUUCUUAAUUUUGGAAAUUUCAGCUUUUAAGUUUUAGAAUGCCCAUUUGUUUGGAUUUGGAGAUUGAAAUCUUCCAGUGACAUUUUAAACUUUUACAUCUUUUUUUGUCCUGUGUUUAAAUAAUUGUUAAAUACAUAUAGAUAGUUGUUUUAAAGUCCCACUCUGGUAACCCAGAUAAGGGACAUUGUAUAUCGGAAUCUCUUAUUGGUGCCACCAUGCUUGACUUUUUUUUUUUCCCAUGACCUUCUGCUAGCUAGUUUCUGAUUCCUAAAAACUGGAGGACUUUGGGAGGUUUCAAUUCCCGCCCCCCCCCCCACCCCAGAAUCUAUGGCCUGUCUCUGUUCUGUCUUCAAUUUAGCAAAUGACUAAAAAAAAUGAGUGAUAUUACCAUUCUAGUACACAUAAACAGUAAGAUUUUUCCAGUUUCUUUUUCCCUAAGGUCAGGAUCGGGUCUAUGAAAAACAGUAAGGAAACAACAGUUGCAGGUUGCUGAACUAUUCAUCCUACUUUGACAUUAAUGCAAUUUAGUUAUUAUUCCUUAUAUUUGUAUGAGUUAAAAACUGCAUUUUUUUCUUUUUUGAUUUAUCAUUACCAUGCUUUAUCUGGGAUGCAUAAAUGUUAUCCAUUACUUUGUGUUACAAACAUUUACUUUCAUGAGGAUUUUUUAGAAUGUUUAUUUAAAAUUUUUGAUGUAUUAUUGAUUAUAUCAUAUGAAAUUAUUGAUUACACCAUGUAAUUACCACAUAUUGAUUUCAUCUGACACUUUUUGCCUGUGGCCCCACAUUAUCUGGUAGUUUCAAUGACCCCAUUUGGGAUUUGGGUAGUGAAGGGAAUAAUAGUAAGAUGCCUUCAUCCAUCUUUUUCUCCUUUGUGGAAAAACUUCUUCUUUUUGUAAUUGUGCAUUUUUACUAUUGUCAUCACUUUAUUAAUGUUUUCAUUCCCCUUAGUGUGUAAGAUCAUGAGAGUAGACAUGACUCUAUGAUUUGUACAAUUGUGAAUCUCCAGCAUUUAAGAUUUCCUAUUCAAUGUUAAGGAAAACAAAACUUCUUGAAUGAGUAAAAUUGCAAUUGAGAGUAUCCUUUUCCAUAUUCUGCACAUUAAGUGCCUAGUAAAGUUUAAUAUCUCCUGGAUCUCUGUAAUUUCUAAAACAUUACUUUCUUAUUUAAAAUGCAAUUUUUCUUUGAGGUUCAUUUGAUCAGUCAACUUUAUCUUCUUAUACUCUUUUUUUUUUUUUUUUAAAUCAGGAAUUGAACCCACUGAGCCAUGUUCCCAGCCUUUUUAAUUUUUUAUUUAGACACAGGGUCUUGCUAAUUUUGCUGAGGAUCUUGUUAAAUUGCUGAGGCUGGCUUUGAACUUGUGAUCCUUCAGCCUUGGGCUCCUGAAAUGCUGGGAUUACAGGUGUGAGCCACUACACCUGGCAGGACCACUCAUUCUUGUCAUAGGUGAUCAUAAUGAGUCAAAGAAAGACUAGUGUUUUAUAUAAACCUAGAUAUGAGAGUGAAACCAGAAUGACAGGAUUUAUUUUGAAAGUACUGCAAGAUCAGAAAGUCUUAAAACUGGAUGCACAAAGGUUGGAUAUAGCAUUUCUGCCCCAGUAAUGUUACCAUAUUUUUUUUUGUUUUCUUUGUAUUUUUUCUGGUACUACUGUUUAUUGCAUUUAUAUUUUUAUAAAUUAAGAAUUAAAGAAUAAUAUAUGGACUUCAAUGUUGAAUAAUAUCUAUUUCUAGCUAAGUAAAUAAUUCACAUAGUUGAUAUCAUUACACAGGAAAAAUUCAAAUGUUCACAUUUUUAUUACUUUCUGACAUAUUUUCUGUAAUAUGGAUGUGUUGUUUUCUUACAGAUAAAAUAGUCAUACUUUAGCAAUCUUUGGUAAUUACCUGGCCAUAUUUUAUAAAUAUGCAUUUAUUAUUAGCAUUCUAUGCUCAAUUGAAGCUCAGAAGAAACAAGACAUUCCAUUAAAUACCAAAUUUACAUUUUAAAAAUUUAUAUAUGACAGAAGAAUGCAUUACAAUUCUUAUUACAUAUAAAGCACAAUUUUUCAUAUCUCUGGUUGUAAACAUAGUAUAUUCACACCAAUUCGUGUCUUCAUACAUGUACCUUGGAUAGUAAUGAUCAUCAUAUUCCACCAUCAUUAAUAACCCCCAUGCCCCCUCCCUUUCCCUCCAACUCCUCUGCCAUAUCUCGAGUUUGUCUAUUCCUCCCAUGUUUCACCUCCCUAUCCACUAUGAAUCAUCCUCCUUAUAUCAAAGAAAACAUUUGGCAUUUGGUUUUGGGGGAUUGGCUAGUUUCACUUAGCAUUAUCUUCUCUAACUCAUUCCAUUUACCUGCAAAUGCCAUGAUUUUAUUCUCUUUUAUUGCUGAGUAAGAUGAUGACAGAAUUAAAAAAUGUAAAUCAUAAAUUUAGUGAUUAGAAAAGUAAAAACCUAAUAUACAAAGUAUAAUUCUAUUCUAACAGUUGUGGGAGUUUCUAAAUGAAUGAUUUCUGAGAAAAAAAGCCGUGCAACAUUAUUCACAAUUUGAUCAAGUAAAUAAAUGUAAAAACACACUAAAAAAUAAAAACUCUGGAAGUGUUAUAGAAUUGUAUGUUUCAAUUUUCUGACGAUGGACAACAAAUUCUAAAACUAUAUUAAUUACUCUAAAACCAUUGUCCAAUAGAAACAUGCCAAUUAUAUCUCCAGUCUAAUAUACUUGUGUAUCAGAAUAUGAAAAAGCACAUACAAUAAAAACUGGACUAAUAUAAUUUGUGAAUCAAAACAUGUAAAUUCUAAUAGAAUUAAGAAGUGUAUUAUUAGCUAUUUUUAUCAAUUUAAUCAGGUGUUUAUCAAAUGGUGUUUAGUAAUAGAUAUUAUUAUUUUUAUAUAUGUAUAUGUUUAUGUGCAUAUUUAAAAGCAAUAUGUAUCUAUUAUAUAGUAACCUAGACAUGAACGUUUAUUAGAAUGAAAAGCAAGUCAUUCCAAAUUCUUAUCUUCUAAUGCCUCUUGUGAAUGAGAUAUGAAAGUAGCUACUGUCUAAUAUCUUCAACUUGUGUAUGUUUUGCAUAUAUUUUUAAAAAAUUAAAUAAUGGCUUUAAAUAAAUAUUUAAUAUAAAUAAAUACCAAAUUUA